AUGGACCACUGCGCCGUGCUCGCGAAGCGCCGGGGCCAGGCCAACGACCUGAACCGGCUCGCGCACGACCUCGUGUCGACGAACCGGAAGCGGCCCGAGGCGUGGAUCGCCGUCGCUUUGUACGCGGAGACGCGCGGCGAGACGGAGAAGGCGCUGGGCUUCGUCGAGAAGGCCAUCGCGUUGGACUCGCGCCACGUGCUCGCGUUCCAGCUCCGGGGCGAGCUGCUGCUGGGCAUGGGCAAGGCGGAGCACGCGAUCGUCGCGUACUUCCAGGCGAACAACUACGCGAAGGACCUGGCGUCGUACAAGGGGUUGGUGGCGGCCUACCUGUCGACGCGCAAGUACAAGGAGGCGCUCUGCACGGCCAAGGAGGCCGUGGCGACGCUGCCGAACAACGCCGCGGCCAUCUCGCUCGUGGGCAAGGUGCUCGCGACGUCGCCCGAGGGCACGGACAAGGCGAAGCGCGCGUUCGCCAAGGCGCUGUCCAUCGACAAGUCCUGCACGGACGCGGCGCUCGCGCUCGUGGACCUCCACGUUGCGAACCAGGAGUACGCCCAGUCCAUCGAGCUCCUCCUCCACUCGCUCCAGUCGCUGAACCACGACUUCCUCCACACGAAGCUCGCGGACGUCUACGUGUUGAACGAGCAGUACAGCGACGCGCUCGCGUACUACCACGCGGCCAUCUCGCUGAACCCCCAGUCCGAGGCGGCGAACGCGGGCAUCGACCGCCUCGAGAAGCUCAUGCACGGCGUCGACCCGGACCUCGACGACGACGACGACACGCCGCACCAGCGCACGGCCAACUCCGCCGACGACGACGUUCUGGACAGCACCGCGUAUUUGUAG